UUCACACCAUCUGCAUCUGCAUCUUCACAUUCAAACACAACCUAAAAAAAAAACAUACAUUUCUAAACACACAACUAAAAAAACAAAUUAAAAUGAGAACAAGCAACCACUUAAUAGGCUUACUAAACUUCCUAACCUUCCUACUCUCAAUCCCCAUUCUCGGGGGUGGCAUUUGGCUAAGCACGCGCGCAAACAACACAGACUGCAUGAGCUUUUUACAAUGGCCCAUCAUCGUUAUCGGCAUCUCCAUAAUGGUGGUCUCUCUAGCUGGGAUAGCCGGCGCGUGUUACCGCAACACUUUCUUGAUGUAUCUUUACUUGUGGGCCAUGUUCGUUAUUAUAGCUGUUUUGAUUGGUUUUAUCAUCUUCGCUUAUGCUGUGACUGAUAAAGGAUCCGGGCGACCUGUUUUGAACCGGGUCUACCCGGAUUAUUAUUUGGAAGAUUAUUCGGGUUGGUUGAAGGAUCGGGUUGCUAGUGAUGGAUAUUGGGGUAAAAUAAGAUCUUGUAUUCAUGACUCCAAAACUUGCCCCAAAACGGGUCGGGUUGUUGGUGGGUUUCCGGAGACUGCUGAUAUGUAUUAUCUUAGGAAGCUUAAUCCUAUUCAGUCUGGAUGUUGCAAGCCACCAACAGAAUGUGGAUACACUUAUGUGAACGAGACAGUUUGGAACCCAGUGAAUGCAGCUACUAUACCCGGCAAUCUUGAUUGCAACCGGUGGACCAACGACCAAGACCAAUUGUGCUACAACUGUGACUCGUGCAAAGCCGGGGUCUUAGGGAGCCUAAGAAAAAGUUGGAGAAAGGUGUCAGUUAUCAACAUCGUUGUUCUAAUCAUCCUAGUUAUUGCCUAUGUCGUUGCAUGUGGUGCCUUUAGAAACAACAAGAGAAUGGACAACGAUGAACCGUAUGGUGCCACCAGGAUGGAGAAAGCACGACCCACUCGGAUACAUUUCUAGUCAGUUUUAUAGUUUUGAUCGAUUUCAAAUUAUUCUUCUUCAUUUUGUAGGAAAAAUGUUUUUUUCUGUGUUUUUGUUUUCUGAAUUUGGGUUUGUUUUUAAUUGAAUAUAUGUAAAUAUGGU